CCCUUGUAUGGAUUGACUGCGAGGUGAGCACCUAAUCAGAAGCCUCAUGUGUGCUCGGAGUAGCAACGAAUUUUUGACGCCUGAUUCCACUACAGAUGACGGGCUUAGACCCAGAUCGCGAAGAAAUCAUCGAGAUAUUCUGCAUCAUCACCACGGGCACACUGGAAGUCAUCGACGAGGAAGGCUGGCGCGCCGUGAUACACCAGUCGAAAGAGAGGAUGGACAUGAUGGAUGAAUGGUGCACAAGGACGCACGCGCAGUCCGGGCUGACCGCCGAGGUGAUCGCCUCCCAGGUGACGGCUGAGCAAGCAGCUGAGGACUUAUUGUCUUACAUCAAGAAGUACGUGCCGGAGAAGAGGACUGCGCUGCUGGCAGGGAAUAGCGUGCAUGCAGACCGCUCGUUCUUGUCCAAGGAGCCGUACAAGAAGGUAGUUGAACAUCUACACUAUCGGAUCUUGGACGUCAGUACUAUCAAGGAGGCGGCGCGUCGAUGGGCUCCCCGCGAGGUCAUUCGGAAAGCGCCAAGGAAACGGGGCCUUCACCAGGCCAAGGAGGACAUUCUCGAGAGUAUUGCGGAGGCGCGGUACUUCAAGGAAGCUCUCUUUGAUAAAAAGAGCAGCGAGCCUUGAGUGUUUGCAUGUACCUUACCUAAAACUUUACUUUUCGUACGAUGGAUAUGAUUCGAUAGCGUACUGAUCAAAGCUGAAAGGGCCACAACAUGCCUGUCAUCCCAUGUUCAACAGUUCCCGAACAUACCUACCUAUACUGAAGCCAUACCAUAUCUUCUCCCACGUUCACUUUUCUUGUGACCAAUGAAGUCCUCGGGUCAAGAAAAUUUGAUUCACAGCUGGACGGCCAUGCUAAAUACUAACAGAAUAGGUAUUAUUGAUUUUGUUAAGAGCUGCGAGCGCGUGGCAGCUCGGUUGGCCCUGGAUAAUUAUUCUACUCACCUCUAGACAGAGUCUCGAGAGUCUAGAUGCGGCCAGGGGUAAAAGUGAGGGGCAAUAUAUUGGAAGUAGCCUGUUCUGUGGCUGGCUUCCUCUGUAGGAGCUGAAGAUGGG